AUGCCAUCCGCUCCCCCCGCCCCUACCCUCCGCGUGCCCGCUCCCUUGCCGCCUCUUUUGACCCUCCCUGCCCCCCCUCGCCGUUUCCAACCGCCCGCCAUUCGCUCCUCCCCGCCCGUGCGCUCCCCUCCUUUACCUUCUCCUCCCCCCUUCCCUCCUCUGCUGCACGCCCCUUCCUUCCCCUCGCCGACCCACUCCACUCCCUGCCCCUCCUCAAUCCGCACCCUGCCCCUCGUAUCUCGCCCCCCUAUGCUUGGUUUCUCCCCUCCCUGCCCCUCGCCGCCUUUCCCCGCUCCCCACCUCCCCCCUCUCCCUGCCCCCCCACUCUCCCCCCCCUUGUCCUUGGCUUCCUACCUCCCUGCCUCACCUUUCCCCCCUCCGUGUGCUCAGCUUCUCCCCUCCCUGCCCCUCCCUCCUCCCCGCCCUGCCCCUCAUUUUCCGCCCCCCCCACGCCCGGUUUCUCCCCUCCCCGCGCCUCCCUUUCUUUCUCCGUGCCUCUCCUUUGCUCCCUCCCUGCCCCCGCCUGCCCAUGCCCUUGUCUUUGGCUUCUCCACUCCCUGCCCCACGUUUCUUCCCUCCCUGCCCCCCGUCUGCCCCUCCCUUGUUUUCCCCUCACCCAUUGCUUCUCUCCUCCCUGCCCUUGAUUUCCCACAGCCCUGCCCUCGUUUCCUAUCAUCCAUGCCCCUCGUUUCCCCCCUUCCCUCCCUGCCCCUCCCUUCCUCCCCCCCUGCCCUUUGCUCUCCCCUCGUUACGCUCCCUUCUCCCCAUCCCUGCUGCCCUCUUACCACCAUCAGCCCGUCCCCACGACCAGCCCCCCUCCCACCCUUCAAUCCCCCCCUCCCUCUCUCUCUCUCUCUCUCUCUCUCUCGCUCUCUCUCUCUCUCUCUCUCUCUCUCUCUCUCUCUCUCUCUUUCUCACACACACACACACGCACACUCCCCUCCCCCACCCCCCCCACGUACAUCCUCCCAUUCUGCCCCUCCCUGCCCCUUUCCCACCCCCUCGCACGCCCCUCACCUCCCACCUCCGUGCAACUGGUUUCCCCCCUAUGGUGCCACCCUUGCAUCGCUCGCCCCUCUGCUCACCCUCUGCCCGCCCCUUUUCCGUGCCCUCAGUUGGCCCAGCCCCUGCCCGUUGCUGCCCCUCCCCUUGCCCCCUCAACUCCCCUGCCCCCCGUACACCCCAAGUCCCAUCCAACCGCCCCCACCCUCCCCCGGCUGCCCGUUUCCGCUCUCCACCACCGCGACCGUGUGCGGCUUCCAACCGCCCAAGGGUGGUGCGCACGGGGCGUUUCUUCGCCAUUACCGCCCCUCUCCCCUUAUCCCCCACCACGCCCCCAAGCAGGCUUUUCUCCCCCCAGCCCCCCGUCUCCCUGCCCUUAGUACCGCCGCGCUCUGCCCGUGCGUCACCCUCGCCCACUUCAUACCACCUCCCCCUUCUCCCCCCCCCCGGCUUCUCCCUAUCAUCACCCGCAUGUUCCCCCACUCCCCUGUCCACAACGUCCCUCCUCCACCCCCCCUCCUGCCUUCCCCACUCCCACUCUGCCCCCCACACCUCUACGAGCCGUACCUCCCCCUCCAGCCUCCCUUUUCCCCCCCAGCUACUUCCGCAUCCAGCCACAUAGAAGCGGGAGGGGGCAGAGCCAGGGGGGAACUUGCAGCUAACACUGCACGGAAAGGGGUAAGUGAAUGUGUGGGCGAAGGAGCAGCAGAGGCUGCAGAGGGUGGGGCAGCAAAGGCUGCACGGGAAGGGGCAAUGGGGGUUGUGGGGGAAGGGGCAGCAGAGGUUGCAGAGGAAAACGCAGCAGAGGCUGCAAGGGAAGGGGCAGCAGCGGCUGCACGGGAAAGGGCGGCAGAGGCUGCACGGGAAGGGGCGGCAGGGACCGUGACUCUGGCCAGGCAAAGGGCAGAGGCCAUGGAGACAGGGGGAGGUGCUACGGGUGCAGCGGGGAAGGGGGUAACGGGGACUGGUGCGAGGGAGAGUGCUGCCCCGGCUGUAGCAAGAGAGGGUACGGCAGGGGCUAGAGUGGGAGAAGGGACAACAGUGGCCUCAAAGGUAGAAGGUGAGGCUGUAGCUGAAGCAGCAGGGAGGGCCAUAGCACGGCCAGUAGGGGCGGCAGGGGCCGCAGCAAACGCGGGGAAACACACAGUAGGGCCGGCAGAGACUGCAAAAGGGGCUAGCAGUAAAGCGGCAGCAGGCGGGGUGGGCUCGGAGGACAUAGGGGCAACAGGGGAAGGAGAGGUGAGUGUGGUCCCGACCGGGGUGGGCACUGAAGAGGGGGAUGUGAUAGCGAUAGAGGAGGAUGAGGGAGAGGAUGUGAUGCACAUUGACGGGCCACUGGCCCAAUACCUCACGCCUGACGGUGAGGCCGACCCGGCCCCCCUGCAGCCUCACGUCGAGGUCCCGGUAGUAUCCAGGGGGGCAGCCAAGGCCCUGGCCUUCUUGGCGGAGCCGUGCUCCCCGACCCCCACGUUGCUCCAUGGCCAGCCCCCCUCUCCGUCCCCAACCCCUGACCCCACGGUUGCAGGCGGUCCACCGGGAGAGCACGCGGCACACCUCUGCCCCCACCCUCAGGGGCUCCUUAGAGCACCACGUGGAGCAGCCAGGGCUCUGGCCUUCCUAGAGGAGCCAUGCUCCCCGACCCCUACCAACACCCAGCCACCCCCUACCGGCCCACUACCCCCCCCCUCCACCAGGCCCCCCCCCACCCGGCGCGGACAACCAGGUUGGCCGCCGGCGGAAGAACAGGGGCAGAGGAGGCAGAGGGUCAGCCCACCCCGACCACCAAACCUACACUCCCGCCCCGCUCCUGCACCUCCACAGGGCCAUGGGAGCGGACCAGCCCACUCACCCCCAUUCUGCCCCUCUCGUGCUGUGUCCCCCUCCCAGGUGGCGGCGGCCGCGAUCGCUACUGGGAUGGAGGCCGUCGGGUUGAGGGAUGCGCCCAUGGAAGACGCCACCGACUCCCCCUCCCAUCCCUCCCACCCCUUCCACGUCGACGACCCCCUACCGCAACCCAUGGUGAUUGGGGAGGGCCAAGGGGGCCUUCUAGGGCAGGGUCCACACCUGAGCUCCGCUCAGCCAGCAAGCCCCACCCCACCCUCUACCCUGCCAGCCCUCCUACUCUCACCUACAGGCAGGCAGGUCUUCGAGACCCCAGAGGAGGUGAGGGCUGGCAUUUCAGAUUUGCUGGCGAUACACCGCCCGAGCAGCUCUCCGGCUGCCCCCACCCUUCCAGUCCCACAGGACCGGACGCGGACGUAUGCGGAGGUCACCCGGUCUGUCCCUUCUUUUCUCCCCCCCGCCACUCAGCCAGGCGCGUCACUCCCGACCCCAAUGGAGACGGACCAGGUUCUGAGGCCGUGUCACGCGCACCUAGAUGGGGUGGCGCCUCCCCCCGUUCACCCCGUGGCGCAGGAGGUCACCAGCAGUAGGGAUGAGGCAUCCGCCCCUACCGAGACCCCUCCGCCUGGGGUAGCAGAGCCGUCACUUGAACCGCACCCCGCCGAGGGGCAGGAGCACACCACGGCACACACUUCAGGCUCACCUCCACGUCCCCCGUCCCCAGCUUCGACACCGGUACCGGCACGAGGCCCGGCCCUAUCCUGUGCGACACCACCUCUAUCUUCGCUGACACCCCCCAUGCACGGGGCUGGUGAGUCGUCUCCUCCCCUCAUCCCAGGCGAUCCUCUCGGAGCUCAGGCCGCCCACGGGGUCCCCUCUACAGCCAGUUCCGACGCCACGGCCCCGAUUGACCCCGCCGACACGGCGACAUCACCCGACCAGGUCGUGAGUUGCCCCACCUGCAGGAGCUCUCUCGCGAACCGACGCGCGCUCCAGCACCACAUUCCCUUCUGCCAUCCUGCGGACGCGGCUCGCAGGGCGCAGGCUGCCCAGGACACCGCCUCGAUCAUCCCUUCCCUCUCACAGCCCCGUGCGACCGGGAUACAGUUCACCGACGCACAGUGGCAGACGCUCGAAUCGGUGGACUGGACAGAGUACUUCUCGCCCGAGCGUAUCCACGCACGCCCUCUCCGACGUAUCCCGGAGAGGGUCCGCGGAGGAUAUCUCGACGUCCUCAGUGCGAUCCUAGUCCGCAUUGCCCAGGACCCGGAGGCUGCUGGCCCUACCUUCCUCCUCGCUGCAGCGCCGACUCUUUUCCUUGUUCCAGCGACGCCACCCGACCGCUCGCACACGGCUGCCAUUGCAACGCGCAUCUCCCGCUUUGGUCGAGGUGAGUGGGCUGAGCUAGUCUCAGAUGCACUAGGCCGUCGCACACCCCUUCCUCGGCGCACAGGUCACCGGUCACGCACCGCCACCGAUCCCUCUACAGCAGAUGAGCGCCGCAUUGCACGUUGCCUUCGUCUGGCAGCGUGCAAUGAGACCUCACGGGCGUGCGCGGCUCUCGAGUCCGCGGAGGCAGCCCCAGAUACACAGGGGACGAUACAGCGCCUGCAGUCGAAGCACCCCAACGCGGAGAGGCCGACCCCAGCUUGGCAGUCUGGCUUCCAGGGGUCCCCUCUCGUGCUCUCGGUGGAUCACUUACGCCACGCGAUUUUCACAGCUCCGCGGGGCUCUUCGGGAGGACCGUCCGGUUGGGUCGCUGAGCACCUGCGAGACACUUUCCUAGCUUUCCCUCAGAGUCUCCAUUUCCUCCUGGCCGUGUACCAGCAGUGGCUCCGAGGCCGUUGCGCUCCAGCUACGCGCUCCUUGCUAGCGUCUUCCACCCUCGUGGCUCUGGCGAAGUCGAACAUGGAUGUUCGGCCGAUUGCCAUCGGCGAGGUUUUGGUCCGCAUUCUUUCUCGUGCAGUCUGUCUCCAGCUGCGUGACCAGAUGGCGAGGGUCUUCUUGGCGUCACAGCAGUUUGGGGUGGGGGUUACGUGCGGGACAGAGGUCGUAGUUAGAGGCGUCCGCCGCGCUCUGGCUGACCACCCAGACUGGGUGGUCCUACAGCUAGACGUGGCGAAUGCCUUUAACUCCUUCCACCGAGACUGGAUGUUCCAGGCAUUGCAGGCCAGCCCGGAGUUUCAGUGCCUGAUCCCCUUCAUCGGCCUCUUCUACGGGACGCCCUCGGAUCUCCACUACAGGUCAGGCACGGGAGUGGUCACGAUGCACUCGGAGCGGGGCACUCGCCAGGGAGACCCUCUCAGCCCCUUCUUGUACGCUCUGACACAGCGUCUUGCUUUGGAGCCGGUUCUGGUGGAGGGGGAUGUCCAGCUCUGGUCGUACGCCGAUGACACGUACGUGCUAGGUCCCCCAGACAGGGUGCUGCACCACUUUGCCGAGAUCGUGAGGCGCUUGGGCGAGAUGGGCCUUGCAGCCCAGCCGCACAAGUGCCUCGUCUACCAGACAGAGUCCUUUCUGUCCAGGGAUCUGGAGGCCUUCACGGGCCUAGGGGUCGAGGUCGCACGCCGAGGGCUCACCGUGACAGGCGUACCAGUAGGCACCGUUUCGUUUGUGGAGCAGAGUCUCCCGGAUCGUCUCGAGAGGAUGGGGCGGGUGCUACCUUGGCUUCCGAGGUUGCGCCAGCCCCAGACAGCUGCCCGCCUUCUGUCGGCGUGUGUCAGCACUCGUCCGCAGUACCUGUCGAGGACCGUCCCUCCUUCGCCCGCAGUGAUCUCUAGUUUUACACGGUGGGACGCACGCCUGGGAGAGACAUUCCAGCAGCUUUUAGCUUCACGGACCUGGGCUUGUCGCGAGGACGUCCGAGAGGCCGCCCUAGACCAGAUCUUCCUCCCCAUCCGUCUCGGGGGUUUUGGCAUUCGUCGCAUGGCACGCAUCGCCCCGGUGAGUUUCGUGUGCUCCUGGGUGCAGUGUGCUCCCAUUCUCUGUUCUCUCCCUGCGUGUGGCGAGGUGUUUCGGCAGAGCUUCGCUUCAGGUGAGCCAGAGCAGAUCGACCGGGCUCUGCAGACGGCGCUAGAGGGUCUCCCACCCGACGUUCUCUCUCUCCUUCCCCCCUGGCCCUCUUGCGCUUCUGCCUCCCCCGAUUCCCUUUUUGCAGGAGCGAGCCGUCUUCUGGAGGCGCAGGCCUUGGAGGCCGUGCGUGCCCGUCACGCCUCUCCCUUGCACCUUGCCCGUUUGACUUCCCUUCAGGGCGGAGGUGCAGGGGCGUGGUUGACGUCGGUGCCGUACGCUGACCCACUGCGCAUCCCGGAGGCGCUGUGGCAGGCGGCUUCAUCUUCUCGUCUCGGUCUCCCUAUCCCCCAGUUAGCCCUUGCAGGUCAGUGCUCCUGCGGACAGGCGAUUGACGACAUGACGGUGCCUCAUCACGCGGUUCGGUGCCCGCGCUACGGGGUCGCCACUACCAUCCACGACACGGUGAAGUACAUGCUUCGAGACUUUGCGGUCGAGGCGGGCUUCGCGGUAAAGGUGGAGGACUCUACGCUGUUCACACAGUUGGAGGCGGCUCGAGCGAGACUACUGGGACAGCCAGUGGUGGGAGAGGGGACGCGGGCUGAGGGACCGGGGGAGCAGAGAGGCGAGGCGGGACAGCCGGGUGGCGGGGGACAGUGGGGACAGCACCAGCUGCGGGGUCAGGGGCAGGGGCGGGAGCAGCAGAGAGCGGACGGAGGUACAGGAGGGGCAGCGGGAUUGGGAGGGGAGGGCCAGGGAGUGAGAGAGGCAGCAGGGGAUGGAGCAGGGGGGUCGGGAGGGUUGGGGGAGGGUAGAGAGGGGGAGGGGAGAGGACAGGUGGAUGGAGGAGAGGAGAGGGGGAGAGAGACGAUCGGAGAGGAGGCACCAAGGGACCAGACAGGGCAGCAGCCAGCGCAACAGCAGGGACCAGUCGGACGCACAGGCCGUGUAGGCACCGCCUCCCGCAUCCCAGACCUCACCUGCCGCGACGUUGGCCAGGGUCUGAUGGUUCUUGUGGAUGUCUCCAUAGCGGAUCCACAGCGGGAGGGGAACGUGCAGCUGAGACGGGCGACCCCCACACAGAUUGGAGUGGCAUCAGCUAGACGGGUGCAGGAGAAGUUGCGGCACUGGGGGCCGCACUUAGAGGGGCUGCAGCCGGCACCACACUUUUACGCGUGCGUGGCGGAGACCUUUGGCCUUCUGAGUGAGCCGCUGAGUCAGUUCCUGGGGCUCUGCGCAAAGAGGAUAGCACAGCGGAGGAGGGAUAGAGGUGGGGGGGAUGACGGAUCGGCACGGAUAUUUGAGGCAGGACUCACUACACGCCUCUCCGUUGCACUGCAGCGCGCGCAGGCUCAAUGCAUGAUCCAGCAUGCGGUGCGGCAGUUAGGGGGAUCCGACGACGGGUGGAUGCCCGCACCAGUCCCACUAGGUGCGGGGCAGGGUACUUGGCACCACGUCACAGGGUGCUUCGAGAGUUCACACCCCCUGCCCCCUCAUGCCAUCCGCUCCCCCCGCCCCUACCCUCCGCGUGCCCGCUCCCUUGCCGCCUCUUUUGACCCUCCCUGCCCCCCCUCGCCGUUUCCCACCGCCCGCCAUUCGCUCCUCCCCGCCCGUGCGCUCCCCUCCUUUACCUUCUCCUCCCCCCUCCCCUCCUCUGCUGCACGCCUCUUCCUUCCCCUCGCCGACCCACUCCACUCCCUGCCCCUCCUCAAUCCGCACCCUGCCCCUCGUAUCUCGCCCCCCUAUGCUUGGUUUCUCCCCUCCCUGCCCCUUGCCGCCUUUCCCCGCUCCCCACCUCCCCCCUCUCCCUGCCCCCCCCACUCUCCCCCCCCUUGUCCUUGGCUUCCUACCUCCCUGCCUCACCUUUCCCCCCUCCGUGUGCUCAGCUUCUCCCCUCCCUGCCCCUCCCUCCUCCCCGCCCUGCCCCUCAUUUUCCGCCCCCCCCACGCCCGGUUUCUCCCCUCCCCGCGCCUCCCUUUCUUUCCCCGUGCCUCUCCUUUGCUCCCUCCCUGCCCCCGCCUGCCCAUGCCCCUGUCUUUGGCUUCUCCCCUCCCUGCCCCACGUUUCUUCCCUCCCUGCCCCCCGUCUGCCCCUCCCUUGUUUUCCCCUCACCCAUUGCUUCUCUCCUCCCUGCCCUUGAUUUCCCACACCCCUGCCCUCGUUUCCUAUCAUCCAUGCCCCUCGUUUCCCCCCUUUGUACGUUCAGCCUCUUCCCUCCCUGCCCCUCCCUUCCUCCCCCCCUGCCCUUUGCUCUCCCCUCGUUACGCUCCCUUCUCCCCAUCCCUGCUGCCCUCUUACCACCAUCAGCCCAUCCCCACGACCAGCCCCCCUCCCACCCUUCAAUCCCCCCCUCCCUCUCUCUCUCUCUCUCUCUCUCUCUCUCUCUCUCUUUCUCACACACACACACACGCACACUCCCCUCCCCCACCCCCCCCACGUACAUCCUCCCAUUCUGCCCCUCCCUGCCCCUUUCCCACCCCCUCGCACGCCCCUCACCUCCCACCUCCGUGCAACUGGUUUCCCCCCUAUGGUGCCACCCUUGCAUCGCUCGCCCCUCUGCUCACCCUCUGCCCGCCCCUUUUCCGUGCCCUCAGUUGGCCCAGCCCCUGCCCGUUGCUGCCCCUCCCCUUGCCCCCUCAACUCCCCUGCCCCCCGUACACCCCAAGUCCCAUCCAACCGCCCCCACCCUCCCCCGGCUGCCCGUUUCCGCUCUCCACCCCCGCGACCGUGUGCGGCUUCCAACCGCCCAACGGUGGUGCGCACGGGGCGUUUCUUCGCACGGGCAAGCCUCCCCGGGGGCCCCCCACCCCGCUGGGUCGUUCCCCCCGUCUCCCUGCCCUUAGUACCGCCGCGCUCUGCCCGCGCGUCACCCUCGCCCACUUCAUACCACCUCCCCCUUCUCCCCCCCCCGGCUUCCCCCUAUCAUCACCCGCAUGUUCCCCCACUCCCCUGUCCACAACGUCCCUCCUCCACCCCCCCUCCUGCCUUCCCCACUCCCACUCUGUCCCCCACACCUCUACGAGCCGUACCUCCCCCUCCAGCCUCCCUUUUCCCCCCCAGCUAUUUCCGCAUCCAGCGUGGGCUGCACCUCUGCAUCAUGCCCUGCCAGGCCCUCCGAGGACCCAACUGCCGCCACCUGACACCACGCCGCCUUUCCCACCCCCAUCCAAUCUCUACACCCCCUGCCCCUGCUCCCUGCGCAAUCCAGCCACCUACCCCAGCCUCCCUCUACCUCUCCCUAACUCCACGCUGCCGUUCCUACCCCCAGCCAGGGUCUACACCCCUUGCUUUUGCUCCCUGUGCUGUGCCGUCCCCAACCUCCGUCCGCCUUUCCGCGGCACCAGACCGCCUCUCCCUCCCCCAGCCAACCUCUGCACCCCCUGUUCCUGCCCCUUGUGCCUUCCAACACCCUACCCCAACCCCCCCCAGUCUCCCCCUUCUCCAACACCCUCCAUAUUUCCUCCCCCCUGGGGCUCGCCCAUCCGCAGCGCCUCCUUUCGGUGCCCUCUCGGCCCUCCCACGUUCUCACCCCCCGCCCUCCAACCUUCUCAUUACCCGCUACCAGGCUCACGCCAACCCGACUACCCACUACCCUUUGCCCCUUCCUCUCUGUUCCCCACCCUUCCUCCCCCACUUGGCUCCACCUGCCCACCCCCACCUCCCGUGGAAUUCUGCCCUGCCCUCCCCACCUCUGGCCCACCACCUGUCCCCACACCCUGCUCACCCACCACUACAUCACCCCCGCCCCCCCACCUCCACUACAGCCCGCCAACACUUCCCCUCUCAACCGGCCCCCAGCCCGCCCCCCCCUUGGGCCCCAAUCCCCUCCAACUGUCAGGCCCCCUCUACCCUCUCUUCCACCCACUGCGCACCGCUUUCCCCACCCUUUUUCCAUUUCCCCAAGCUAACCCCCCGCACCCCGGCCUCUGCCAGGGAGUCCCUUCCCCCUUUGACGCCCUCUUGAGCCAACUCCAGCAACUCACGCCGCCACCGCCAGGCAUGCUGCCUCUAUUACUUGUGAAAACACUUAAUCCUACUAGCACCCCCAAGCACAUAGAAGCGGGAGGGGGCAGAGCCAGGGGGGAACUUGCAGCUAACACUGCACGGGAAGGGGUAAGUGAAUGUGUGUGCGAAGGAGCAGCAGAGGCUGCAGAGGAUGGGGCAGCAAAGGCUGCACGGGAAGGGGCAAUGGGGGUUGUGGGGGAAGGGGCAGCAGAGGUUGCAGAGGAAAGGGCAGCAGAGGCUGCAAGGGAAGGGGCAGCAGCGGCUGCACGGGAAAGGGCGGCAGAGGCUGCACGGGAAGGGGCGGCAGGGACCGUGACUCUGGCCAGGCAAAGGGCAGAGGCCAUGGAGACAGCAAGAGAGGGUACGGCAGGGGCUAGAGUGGGAGAAGGGUCAGCAGUGGCCUCAAAGGCAGAAGGUGAGGCUGCAGCUGAAGCAGCAGGGAGGGCCAUAGCACGGCCAGUAGGGGCGGCAGGGGCCGCAGCAAACGCGGGGAAACACACAGCAGGGCCGGCAGAGACCGCAAAAGGGGCUAGCAGUAAAGCGGCAGCAGGCGGGGUGGGCUCGGGGGACAUAGGGGCAACAGGGGAAGGAGAGGUGAGUGUGGUCCCGACCGGGGUGGGCACGGAAGAGGGGGAUGUGAUAGCGAUAGAGGAGGAUGAGGGAGAGGAUGUGAUGCACAUUGACGGGCCACUGGCCCAAUACCUCACGCCUGACGGUGAGGCCGACCCGGCCCCCGUGCAGCCUCACGUCGAGGUUCCCCCUCUACCCCCCAUGCCCGUCCACAUGCUAGCAGAAGGACCGAUGGAGGGGCUGGGGGAGACCUUGAGGACAGAGCCGCACGAGGGAGCCCCCAUCCUCACCUCCCGUCCUCCAGCCCACCCACCCCCAGGAGCACCAUUUCCCCACCCCCACCCUCAGGUCCCGGUAGUAUCCAGGGGGGCAGCCAAGGCCCUGGCCUUCUUGGCGGAGCCGUGCUCCCCGACCCCCACGUUGCUCCAUGGCCAGCCCCCCUCUCCGUCCCCAACCCCUGACCCCACGGUUGCAGGCGGUCCACCGGGAGAGCACGCGGCACACCUCUGCCCCCACCCUCAGGGGCUCCUUAGAGCACCACGUGGAGCAGCCAGGGCUCUGGCCUUCCUAGAGGAGCCAUGCUCCCCGACCCCUACCAACACCCAGCCACCCCCUACCGGCCCACUACCCCCCCCUCCACCAGCCCCCCCCCCACCCGGUAGUACACACAUCUCGGAGGUUGAAGCAUCUCUGCGGCCAAAUCCCUCUCCCACACGCUACAGGCACCCAAACCACCCGAGUCGCCGCACAGCCCCAACACGCCCACCCAACAGGCUGCCCCCCUCACACCACCCCCCCCAGGCAGCCGAGACCCACCCGCAAGGGCUUGCGCCCCAGGCUCAUGGGAGCGGCGGCACCCGGGUAGAGGGGCCCACAGGAGAGGCCACCACAGAGCCCACACAAACCCCUCUCCCCCCACCGUUUGUACCUCGCUCUAACCUCCACACUGGCCCAGCCCCUCGACCCCCACCUUCAACCCCCCCUCCCGGCCGGGUUCCCCACGAGUGGCCCCGUUGGGCAGCCAUCACCCCCCACACACAGCCUGCCCGAUCUGUCCCCACGGAGGGGGAUGUCUCGAGGAGAGAGGGGAUGCACACAGAGCACCCCCCGCCCGGCGAACCACCCAUCCUCCCUCCAACCACCCCUUUGGCCCCACAGCCCCCCCUUCCUUCACAAACAGGCGCGGACAACCGGGCCCUACCGCUACAGCCCGACCACCAAACCCACACUCCCGCCCCGCUCCUACACCUCCACAGGGCCAUGGGAGCGGACCAGCCCACUCUCCCCCAUUCUGCCCCUCCCUUGCUGUGUCCCCCUCCCAGGUGGCGGCGGGCCGCGAUCGCUACGGGGAUGGAGGCCGUCGGGUUGAGGGAUGCGCCCAUGGAAGACGCCACCGACUCCCCCUCCCAUCCCUCCCACCCCUUCCAUGUCGACGACCCCCUACCGCAACCCAUGGUGAUUGGGGAGGGCCAAGGGGGCCUUCUAGGGCAGGGUCCACACCCGAGCUCCGCUCAGCCAGCAAGCCCCACUCCACCCUCUACCCUGCCAGCCCUCCUACUCUCACCUACAGGCAGGCAGGUCUUCGAGACCCCAGAGGAGGUGAGGGCUGGCAUUUCAGAUUUGCUGGCGAUACACCGCCCGAGCAGCUCUCCGGCUGCCCCCACCCUCCCAGUCCCACAGGACCGGACCCGGACGUAUGCGGAGGUCACCCGGUCUGUCCCUUCUUUUAUCCCCCCUGCCACUCAGCCAGGCGCGUCACUCCCGACCCCAAUGGAGACGGACCAGGUUCAGAGGCCGUGUCACGCGCACCUAGAUGGGGUGGCGCCUCCCCCCGUUCAGCCCGUGGCGCAGGAGGUCACCAGCAGUAGGGAUGAGGCAUCCGCCCCUACCGAGACCCCUCCGCCUGGGGUAGCAGAGCCGUCACUUGAACCGCACCUCGCCGAGGGGCAGGAGCACACCACGGCACACACUUCAGGCUCACCCCCACGUCCCCCCUCCCCAGCUUCGACACCGGUUCCGGCACGAGGCCCGGCCCUAUCCUGUGCGACACCACCUCUAUCUUCGCUGACACCCCCCAUGCACGGGGUUGGUGAGUCGUCGCCUCCCCUCAUCCCAGGCGAUCCUCUCGGAGCUCAGGCCGCCCACGGGGUCCCCUCUACAGCCAGUUCCGACGCCACGGCCCCGAUUGACCCCGCCGACACGGCGACAUCACCCGACCAGGUCGUGAGUUGCCCCACCUGCAGGAGCUCUCUCGCGAACCGACGCGCGCUCCAGCACCACUUUCCCUUCUGCCAUCCUGCGGACGCGGCUCGCAGGGCGCAGGCUGCCCAUGACACCGCCUCGAUCAUCCCUUCCCUCUCACAGCCCCGUGCGACCGGGAUACAGUUCACCGACGCACAGUGGCAGACGCUCGACUCGGUGGACAAGACAGAGUACUUCUCGCCCGAGCGUAUCCAUGCACGCCCUCUCCGACGUGUCCCGGAGAGGGUCCGCGGAGGAUAUCUCGACGUCCUCAGUGCGAUCCUAGUCCGCAUUGCCCAGGACCCGGAGGCUGCUGGCCCUACCUUCCUCCUCGCCGCAGCGCCGACUCUUUUCCUUGUUCCAGCGACGCCACCCGACCGCUCGCACACGGCUGCCAUUGCAACGCGCAUCUCCCGCUUUGGUCGAGGUGAGUGGGCUGAGCUAGUCUCAGAUGCACUAGGCCGUCGCACACCCCUUCCUCGGCGCACAGGUCACCGGUCACGCACCGCCACCGAUCCCUCUACAGCAGAUGAGCGCCGCAUCGCACGUUGCCUACGUCUGGCAGCGUGCAAUGAGACCUCACGGGCGUGCGCGGCUCUCGAGUCCGCGGAGGCAGCCCCAGAUACACAGGGGACGAUACAGCGCCUGCAGUCGAAGCACCCCAACGCGGAGAGGCCGACCCCAGCUUGGCAGUCUGGCUUCCAGGGGUCCCCUCUCGUGCUCUCGCGUCUUGCUUUGGAGCCGGUUCUGGUGGAGGGGGAUGUCCAGCUCUGGUCGUACGCCGAUGACACGUACGUGCUAGGUCCCCCAGACAGGGUGCUGCACCACUUUGCCGAGAUCGUGAGGCGCUUGGGCGAGAUGGGCCUUGCAGCCCAGCCGCACAAGUGCCUCGUCUACCAGACAGAGUCCUUUCUGUCCAGGGAUCUGGAGGCCUUCACGGGCCUAGGGAUCGAGGUCGCACGCCGAGGGCUCACCGUGACAGGCGUACCGGUAGGCACCGUUUCGUUCGUGGAGCAGAGUCUCCCGGAUCGUCUCGAGAGGAUGGGGCGGGUGCUACCUUGGCUUCCGAGGUUGCGCCAGCCCCAGACAGCUGCCCGCCUUCUGUCGGCGUGUGUCAGCACUCGUCCGCAGUACCUGUCGAGGACCGUCCCUCCUUCGCCCGCAGUGAUCUCUAGUUUUACACGGUGGGACGCACGCCUGGGAGAGACAUUUCAGCAGCUUUUAGCUUCAGGGACCUGGGCUUGUCGCGAGGACGUCCGAGAGGCCGCCCUAGACCAGAUCUUCCUCCCCAUCCGUCUCGGGGGUUUCGGCAUUCGUCGCAUGGCACGCAUUGCCCCGGUGAGCCAGAGGCAGAUCGACCGGGCUCUGCAGACGGCGCUAGAGGGUCUCCCACCUGACGUUCUCUCUCUCCUUCCCCCCUGGCCCUCUUGCGCUUCUGCCUCCCCCGAUUCCCUUUUUGCAGGAGCGAGCCGUCUUCUGGAGGCGCAUGCCUUGGAGGCCGUGCGUGCCCGUCACGCCUCUCCCUUGCACCUUGCCCGUUUGACUUCCCUUCAGGGCGCAGGUGCAGGGGCGUGGUUGACGUCGGUGCCGUACGCUGACCCACUGCGCAUCCCGGAGGCGCUGUGGCAGGCGGCUUCAUCUUCUCGUCUUGGUCUCCCUAUCCCCCAGUUAGCCCUUGCAGGUCAGUGCUCCUGCGGACAGGCGAUUGACGACAUGACGGUGCCUCAUCACGCGGUUCGGUGCCCGCGCUACGGGGUCGCCACUACCAUCCACGACACGGUGAAGUACAUGCUUCGAGACUUUGCGGUCGAGGCGGGCUUCGCAGUAAAGGUGGAGGACUCUACGCUGUUCACACAGUUGGAGGCGGCUCGAGCGAGACUACUGGGACAGCCAGUGGUGGGAGAGGGGACGCGGGCUGAGGGACCGGGGGAGCAGAGAGGCGAGGCGGGAUCAGCCGGGUGGCGGGGGACAGUGGGGACAGCACCAGCUGCGGGGUCAGGUGGAGCGAGGGAUAGGGGGGCAGAGGGGUCCGCAGGGGGAGCAGACGGGCCAGGACGGAGAGGGGAGACGGCACAGGCAGCAGCAGGAGAGCCAGGGGAGGCCGCGGGCCCAGGGCGCCGCGCCUCCAGGUUCGGCCUCGGGGUGGGGCAGGGGCGGGAGCAGCAGAGAGCGGACGGAGGUACAGGAGGGGCAGCGGGAUUGGGAGGGGAGGGCCAGGGAGUGAGAGAGGCAGCAGGGGAUGGAGCAGGGGGGUCGGGAGGGUUGGGGGAGGGUAGAGAGGGGGAGGGGAGAGGACAGCGCGAGGGGAACGUGCAGCUGAGACGGGCGACCCCCACACAGAUUGGAGUGGCAGCAGCUAGACGGGUGCAGGAGAAGCUGAGGCACUGGGGGCCGCACUUAGAGGGGCUGCAGCCGGCACCACACUUUUACGCGUGCGUGGCGGAGACCUUUGGCCUUUUGAGUGAGCCGCUGCGUCAGUUUCUGGGGCUCUGCGCAAAGAGGAUAGCACAGCGGAGGAGGGAUAGAGGUGGGGGGGAUGACGGAUCGGCACGGAUAUUUGAGGCAGGACUCACUACACGCCUCUCCGUUGCACUGCAGCGCGCGCAGGCUCAAUGCAUGAUCCAGCAUGCGGUGCGGCAGUUAGGGGGAUCCGACGACGGGUGGAUGCCUGCACCAGUCCCACUGGGUGCGGGGCAGGGUACUUGGCACCACGUCACAGGUCACACCCCCUGCCCCCUCAUGCCAUCCGCUCCCCCCCGCCCCUACCCUCCGCGUGCCCGCUCCCUUGCCGCCUCUUUUGACCCUCCCUGCCCCCCCUCGCCGUUUCCCACCGCCCGCCAUUCGCUCCUCCCCGCCCGUGCGCUCCCCUCCUUUACCUUCUCCUCCCCCCUCCCCUCCUCUGCUGCACGCCUCUUCCUUCCCCUCGCCGACCCACUCCACUCCCUGCCCCUCCUCAAUCCGCACCCUGCCCCUCGUAUCUCGCCCCCCUAUGCUUGGUUUCUCCCCUCCCUGCCCCUCGCCGCCUUUCCCCGCUCCCCACCUCCCCCCUCUCCCUGCCCCCCCCACGCCCUCUCCCCCCCCCUUGUCCUUGGCUUCCUACCUCCCUGCCUCACCUUUCCCCCCUCCGUGUGCUCAGCUUCUCCCCUCCCUGCCCCUCCCUCCUCCCCGCCCUGCCCCUCAUUUUCCGCCCCCCCCCCACGCCCGGUUUCUCCCCUCCCCGCGCCUCCCUUUCUUUCUCCGUGCCUCUCCUUUGCUCCCUCCCUGCCCCCGCCUGCCCAUGCCCCUGUCUUUGGCUUCUCCCCUCCCUGCCCCACGUUUCUUCCCUCCCUGCCCCCCGUCUGCCCCUCCCUUGUUUUCCCCUCACCCAUUGCUUCUCUCCUCCCUGCCCUUGAUUUCCCACACCCCUGCCCUCGUUUCCUAUCAUCCAUGCCCCUCCCCCUGCCCGUUGCUGCCCCUCCCCUUGCCCCCUCAACUCCCCUGCCCCCCGUACACCCCAAGUCCCAUCCAACCGCCCCCACCCUCCCCCGGCUGCCCGUUUCCGCUCUCCACCCCCGCGACCGUGUGCGGCUUUCCAACCGCCCAACGGUGGUGCGCACGGGGCGUUUCUUCGCAUGGGCAAGCCUCCCCGGGGGCCCCCCACCCCGCUGGGUCGUU